AUGGCCGGAAAAAAUGACAGCCCCAGCCUGGAUUCGAGCCAGAAACCAAAGCCAUAUCUGGCUACAGAUCUCAUAGUCUUGUCUCGGUUCCAUCUGUAUAACGGCUGGCUCGCCACCUUCUGCGGAGUGUGGGCUACGUUGCUUGCUGGUGCGAAGAAACUUGCCGAUGAUUCAGACCUGACACCUCUCGAUGAUGUUCUUUACCAAGCCCUUUAUGUGUUCAUUUCGGGAUACAUUUUCUGUGGCGCGGGAAUGGUUUGGAAUGAUCUCAUCGACUCUGCCAUUGAUCGAGAAGUUGCCCGGACUAAGAAUCGACCUUUGGCGGCAGGCAGAGUUACGACAACCCAGGCUAUUGUUUGGAUGACUGUUCAGUAUAUCUUUUCAUGGUGGCUACUCAAUAGAACCCUCGGUGGGCUCAAUGUGCCGCAUGCAAUGGUUCCAGUUACCAUCAGUACUCUUUUGUAUCCUUUUGGGAAACGCCAGUUUUUCCACAAAGUUUACAUCUAUCCCCAAUACUUUCUUGGAUUCACGUUGGCGUACCCCAGUGUCAUCGGCCAAAUGGCCAUCAGUGGGCACCAUCAAUCAUUCGAGGAUUCCGUGAUCAAAGCGCUACCGUUGGCAAUUGCGGUAUUUACUUGGACCCUCUAUUUGAACACGGCAUACAGCUAUCAAGAUAAGGUCGGGGAUGAAAAGAUGAACGUCAACUCAGUCUACGUCGCCGCGGGCUCGCACAUUCAUUCAUUCCUGGUUUUGCUGGCCGGUUUUGCGUUGAGUGCAACCAUCUUCCUGCUUCGAGCUCAAGGCUCGAUUUGGCUGUGGGGCUCCUGGAUGUGCGUGUGGACACAGUCAUUUGCCAGCCAGCUCAUCAGAUUCGAUGCAAAGAGACCGGAAUCUGGAGGCCCGAUACAUAAGGAGAACUUUGUGUUGGGAGUGUGGACAAUCAUUGCUUGUGCGAUCGAAGUGGUGAUUAGUUCCUAA